GAUCCGGUACCUGAUCCGGUGCCCGCUGUCGUGCCAAUUGACUCAGAGCCCGCUGUCGUACCUGAUGACGCGGUGCCCGCUGGCGAGCCAAAUGACCUGAUGCCUGGUGAGCCCCAGUGCCUGCUGUCAUACCUGGUGACCCGAAAUGCCCGCUGUCGAGCCAGACGAUCCAAUGCCAGGGACGACUCGGUGCCCGCAGUCUUGCCAGACGACUCGGUGCCCGCUGUUUCCGCCAGUUGACUCGAUGCCCCGCUGUUCCGCCAGUUUGACUCGGUGCCCGCAGUCUUGCAGACGACUCGGUGCCCGCAGUCCCUUGCCAGACAACUCGGUGCCCG